AUGUAUGGAAAAUGUGGGAGCCUAAAGCAUGCUAGACAAGUAUUUGAUAACAUUUGUGUGAAAGACUCAUUCUCAUGGGAUUUCAUGCUCAUUGCCUACACAAGAAAUGGGGAUAUUGCAAACGCCAAAAAAUUCAUUGACCAGGAAAUGCCUUAUAGGACGAAAGUUUCUUCUACGGCAAUGCUAGACAGAUAUGCCCAAAUGGGUGAAAUACACCACGCGAAGUUGAUCUUUGAUACUAUGCCAGAACCUGACAUGAUCUCAUAUUCUACAAUGUUAGUAGGUUACGUACAGGCUGGAUAUUUUAAGCAGUCUAGGGAAAUGUUUCAAGAGAUGCCAUUGUGGAACCUUAUAGCUUGCACGGCAAUGGUGACAGCAUAUACCCAAUGUGGGCAUCUAGCAGGAUCAGUACAAGUAUUUGAGAACAUGCCAGAGUGGGACUUAGUUGCUUGGAACGCAAUGCUGGGAGCAUACUCAAGCCACUCACUCAUCGUAGAUGCAAAGAAGUUCUUUUCAUUAAUGGGCGAGCAUGACUUAGUAUCCUGGAACACGAUGCUAGCCGCAUAUUCCAGAACCGGGAAUCUCGAAGAUGCUAAGCUCACGUUUGAUAAGAUGCCGGAGCACAACCUCGUCACCUGGAACACUAUGCUAACUGGAUAUGCCCACCACGGGCAUAUCGAGCAAGCGAGAAACCUGUUCAGGGAAAUGCCUGCGCGGGAUUUAAUGUCCUGGAAUGCGUUUCUAGCUUCGUGCUGCAAGGCGGAGCGCUUAAAAGAGGUGGAGCUUCUAUUUCGUGAGAUGCCAGAGCGCGAUCUCGUGUCGUACAACAUACUUCUCACAUUGUAUUGUCGCAGUAAGAACUAUGGUGCUGCAAAAGAACUGUUUUCCCAGAUCGCUGUGGUCAACGUAAUAUCAUGCAAUGUUUUCCUUGCUUACCUUGCUCAGGAUCCAGACGUUGAACCGAUCAGAGAUUUUUUUGCCAAGAUGCCACAGAAAGAUCUUGUGUCGUGGACUGCACUGCUGGCUGCCUAUGCCCAAUCCGGGCAUGUAGAUUUCGCACGAUAUAUCUUUGAUACGAUGCCAGAGAGGGAUACCACGUCGUGGAACGCGAUGGUGGCGUCGUACACGCGUGGCGGUCAUCUGGAAGCCGCAAGGGCACUGUUUCUCGAAACUCCGCUCAAAGAUCUGAUCACCUGGAACACAAUCCUGUCAGCCUAUGCCCAAGCUGGUCAUGUCACAGAAGCGAUGCGUACCUUCAAUGAAAUGCCAGAGCGAGACGUAGUCUCUUGGAACACCAUCAUGUCUGCCUAUUUCCAAAGCGGUCGUGUCCUUCUUGCAAGACGAACGUUUGACGCCAUGCCCAGCAAGGAUUCGAUUUCCUGGAGCACCAUGCUGGCUGGGUACUCCCACGCUGGGCAUGCCAAAGACGCGCAGGACCUCUUCAUGGGCAUGAGCGCUCUGGACGCGGCCAGUGACGUCUGCUUUGUGCUGCUUCUCAUCUCGUGUUGUCAUGACGGGGAGCUGGAGACUGGCAAGUCGUGUUUCAUCUCCAUGGUGAUGGACUUUGGAAUUCGACCAACGAAGCAGCACUACUGUUGCAUGGUCCGGCUGUUUGGACGUGCCGGCUACGUGAAGGAGGCAGAGGAGCUUGUCGCGGCCAUGCCUUACGUGCCAGACGUGGUGGAGUGGGCGUCACUGCUCAGCACCUGCAAUUCAAACGAUCAGCACGUUGGAAGCACCGCGGCAAUGCGUGUCAUGGAGAUUGACUCCAGUGUUGCAAUUACUUACGUAUUGCUUGCCAACGCUUGUGCUGCUCCUCUGUCGCAGAGAGUACAGCCGAAGCAAGAAAAUGAUUCCUCCCGGUUGACUGUGACGUGA